AGCUCUACGCAGUGCAAAGUGCAGCGUCUGUGCGUCCGGAUUGUUUUGCGCUCACGGUGGCGUUUUGUGCCACAUCACAUGUCAUGCAGCUCCGGCGCGCAGAGCUGAAUCUGUGGUCCUGAAAAGAGCACGCUGUAAGGAGCAGGAAAGCGCUUCCACAACAACGAUUCGGGACAAUUGCAAUACGGGACCAUUUUGCGCUUACUUUGGAUUGACAGGUGUGGAAGAACAUGCGUUCAACGCGCAGGUGAAAACAAUCUGCUCAUUAACGCCGCUGCAACUUUUCAGUCCUACACCUUGAGCUGAGAAAUUUGUUCUUGUUCUUAUAGCUUACGAUCGUAAAGAUAGUUUAGAAAUCUUGUGAAAUGUCUCGUAAGAAGGCAGCCAAAGGCAAAGCCGCUAGCAGCAGCCCGUCUGCAGGCAGCCCUACCGGGAAAGGAACCGGGAAAUCCGCGAGGAGCAGCCCGGCCAUCGUCCAGAUGAACGGGGUGGUCCACCCCAGCAGACCCUCCAUCAGCAACAGCAGCGAGUUUUACGACAUGGCUUUUAAGGUGAUGCUGGUCGGAGACUCUGGGGUGGGGAAAACAUGUCUUCUGGUCCGUUUUAAAGACGGAGCCUUCCUGGCCGGCAGCUUCAUCUCCACUGUGGGCAUCGACUUCAGGAAUAAAGUCAUGAACAUUGAUGGAGUCAAGGUGAAGCUUCAGAUCUGGGACACAGCUGGACAGGAGCGCUUCCGCAGCGUCACUCAUGCUUACUACCGAGACGCCCAUGCUCUGCUCCUGCUGUAUGAUGUCACCAACAAAACAUCCUUUGACAACAUCCAGGCAUGGCUGACUGAGAUCCAUGAGUACGCCCAACAGGAUGUGGUCCUCAUGCUGCUUGGAAACAAGGCUGAUUCAACUCAUGAGAGGGUGGUGAAGAGAGAAGAUGGAGAGAGGCUUGCAAAGGAGUUUGGAGUUCCUUUCAUGGAGACCAGCGCCAGGUCAGGUCUCAAUGUGGAGCUGGCUUUUACUGCCGUGGCAAAGGAGCUGAAGCACCGAUCUACGAAGGAUCCCAGCGAGAAGUUUAAGCUGCAGGAGUAUGUGAACAAGGAGAUGAAGGGUGCAGGCUGCUGCAGAACUUAAAGCCUUCCACAGUCACUCCCUGGAUCUGUGUGUGUGUAUUUAUGUGUGUGUGAAUCACUCAUGUUCAUAUCUGAGAUGAGGAGUCAGCUCCAGCGAGGUAAAAAACUUUUUUGUCCUUCUGUCUGUCUUCACAAACUCCAAACUGUAGUCCUGAGCUCAUCUCUUUCUUUCCGUCCUCCUGCAGCUGUGAAUGUAGCCUCGAGUUAUGGUUUGCGACAGACAAAGUUAAGUGCUGCUCACCUCGCUCAUUAUCAUAAAUGGACAUUAUUUUUUCCAUAACUGUAGCUGCAUGAUAAUAACUCUUCUCCUUCAUGCAGACACCAACCAAAUAGAUUUGCACAACUCGGUGUUAUGUUAUUGUAAAGGGAUUUCAUUACUUCAGAUUUGUCUUUUUUUUUUUUUAGUUAAUGUCAUUUUGGAUGAAUGUUUCUAUAAUAGAUGUAUAGUGAAGUUCUGUCUAUGCCUCAGUGUUCAUGUCAGUGAUUCUACAGGCUAUUUGGAGCCAAAUUAGCUCACCAGCAUAAACUCGAUCUAAGCAUUGCCAUGAUUCAGUUGUGGAUAUUUGGGAAGAAGUUUCACUCAUUUAACAUUCAAGUAAAUGGAAGUGGCUAUUUUUUUUUAAUGAGUUUUCUAUUUCAGAAAAGCUCAAAUGUAUGAUUAUUUGAAUAGAUUUGAAUUCAUGCUAGAUGGAAAAAGGAAGUAUACAGUAGUUUAAAGGCAACUUUUAAUGGGUCACAUGAAAUCUUUUGGUCAUUUUUCCAAAGUAAGAGGAUCAAUGUUGAAUCUUGGGAGUGCUCGAAUGCAACUUCUCUAUUUGAUGUAAAUACUUUUGUUUCUGCUUGUAAAGACGAGAUGUUGGAGAAUAACACUGUAAUGGUUCAUUAGCGCAGGUUGGGAGGAAUAGAUGUUUAUAUUAUACUGAAAGUGUUUCCUCUAGUAACACUCUUCAUUUGAAGUUAACAGUGAAACAUUAGUCUGCUGCUUGCUUUUAGAACCAAUCUUAAAUAUAUAAAUGGGGUAUAUAGUGCCAUGUUUUCUUAAAUGCAUUGACUGGUAUGUUUCUUAAAACCGUAUGUUCUCCAUUUUAGAAGCAUUUGCCUCUUUUUGAUACAACUGUUGCUUUGAUAGAAUUCAUGGUAGUCACAGAAACAGAAUCUCUGUACAGUAUUCACAGUAUUUUCCAAACUUAAUGUUUAAAGUAAUGUAAUGAUUUUGGCUUUACCUAUUUUUCAAUGUGCAACUUCUUUCUUGUAACUGAAAGUUAAACCCAAUAAAACAGAAGUUAAUGUGA